AUGCAUGUUACACGACGACCACUGUCUUCGGUACUCAAGGCCCAGAAAGCGGUCACAUAUGGACUGAGCACCUCGCGGCGACAUGCAGAGCUGCCACGACCUGUACACCGCCAGUUCACUACCUUUUUUGCAACGGGGUCCCUCCGACAUCGAUAUGCGUCGCCCGUCCAGAGUCUCCGUCGCAUGCAUGUGCGCGCCAUUUCGUACUCCUCAAUACCGAGAUUUGUUGCGAGGGCGUUCCGGGUGCCUAUAGCGGGGGCGACGAUAGGGGCUGGGGGAUUUGGGUAUGCGAAUUACAAGUUUGAAGAGCUGAGGAGUCGGUCACAGGCCUGGUUUAAUACCGUACAAGAUACCGCGACCGACAUGUUCGACUCAGCAAGCGAUAGCUUGAAGGCCGUUCGGUCUCGCGUCUCAGAAGUCAAGCUGCCAGACAUACCAGAGACCGGCGCUGCCAAGUUUAUUAAGGACUUUUUUGGAAAGCGGCGACGCAAGGAAGGCAGUGGUGAAGGCGAGAGCGAAAGGCAAUCCAACAAGAAGCCACCAACAGACGAAGCAGUGGUCGCGGCCCUCGUCGCUGCAACCAUGUCUUCGCCCAACGACGAAUCUCCUUCCACUCUUGACGUCCGGCAGAAUGGCCUCAUGCACCUGACAAGAAAGCUGAUAGAAAUUCGCAGUAUGCUGCUCAGCAUCGAUCAGAGCGAUGCGCUCAAGCUGCCGAGUAUUGUGGUCAUUGGAAGUCAGAGCUCUGGGAAGAGUUCAGUGUUGGAGGCGAUCGUCGGACACGAGUUUCUGCCCAAAGGUAAUAACAUGGUGACGCGCCGACCCAUCGAAUUGACUUUGGUCCACAUACCUGCUGCCGAUGGAAAGGCCGUUGAAUACGGGGAAUUCCCUGGGAUGGGUCUUGGUAGAAUAAAGGAUUUUAACGUCAUUCAACGUACCCUCACUGAGCUCAACCUCGCCGUACCCACUUCUGAAGCCGUUUCCAAUGAACCUAUCGACCUGCGAAUAUACUCUCCCAACGUACCCGACCUUACCCUCAUUGACCUUCCCGGAUACGUUCAAAUUUCUUCUAUGGACCAGCCAGAAUCGCUCAAAGAGAAGAUCGCUGGUCUCUGUGAAAAGUACAUCAAAGAACCCAAUAUUAUCCUGGCAGUCUGUGCUGCCGAUGUCGAUCUUGCCAACUCUCCUGCUCUGAGGGCCAGCCGGAAGGUUGAUCCUCUGGGCCUUCGCACUAUCGGCGUGAUAACAAAGAUGGAUCUGGUGGAACCAGAGCAGGGCGCGUCCAUCUUGUCUGGUAAUCGAUACCCCCUUCACUUAGGAUAUGUCGGUGUGGUGUCCAAAUCUCCGGAUAGCAAAGGAAGGGCGCAGACCUCGACCUCGCUGAUACGCAAGGCCGAGAGCGAUUACUUUGCUUCGCACCGGGAUAUCUUCGGUAGCUCGUCUUCCUUAAUGGUUGGAACAGAUACGCUGAGACGCCGAUUGAUGGAGGUUCUGGAGUCGUCCAUGGCGUCGUCAUUACAUGGCAUCACAAACGCUGUACAACUUGAACUCGAAGAAGCGACGUAUCAGUUCAAGGUACAAUACAACGACCGACGCAUCACAGCGGAGUCAUACGUCGCUGAGACAAUGGACACGCUAAAGCUACGAUUCAAGGACGCCACGCAGCAAUUUCAUCGGCCUAUCAUACGGGAGAAGCUGAAGAGCAUGUUGGAUGACAAAGUCAUGGAUGUGCUUGAGCAACUUUACUGGCUCGAUAAGCGUGCACCAGAGCUUGGUGAACUGGCAGCAGACGCUCGCGUGAAGCCUGAGAGUGUAGACAGUUUUUGGCGACACAAGUUGGAAGCCGCAUCGUCGCUUUUGACCAAGUCAGGUGUUGGCCGAGACUCGACGUUGCUUGUCGCUGACGGACUAAGGGCUUUAAUCGACUCUAUUGCAUCAGCAGAUCCUUUCAACUACCACCCACGGGCCGCGGAGAGGCUGAUCCAGUUCUCGCACAUGAUUCUGAGAGAUCGAAUCGGUGUCACGUCAGAUCAGGUCGAGAACUGUAUCAAGCCGUUUAAAUAUGAGGUCGAAGUCGAUGACCGUGAGUGGGAGCAGGGCAGACAGAAAGCGAUUGAUUUGUUUGAGAAGGAGUUGAGUAUGUGCGAGACGAAGUUGAAAGAAUUAAGGAAGAAGGCUGGUGGUAGUCGACGGUUGGGUGGGUUGAUUGGGUACGUUAGGAAUUUGGAAGAGGAAGACAGGAAGAGGAAGGCCAGGAAGUGGGAGUCGGACUCUGAAGAGCCUGAGCUGGCUCCAGAAUCUUACAAGUAUGCCCCUGCUCAGAUACUGGAUGCACGUCAUGCCAUUUUGUACAAUGACCGGUUAAACGUCCUGAAAUUGCGUCUGGCAGCCUUACGUUCGAAGCGAUGCAAGGCGGGGCCUGGUAGCGAUGUUCUUUGUCCUGAGGCUUUCCUUAAUGUUGUGGCUGACAAGCUGGCGUACACGUCGGCCAUGUUCAUCAAUAUCGAAUUAUUGGACCAGUUCUUCUAUCAGUUUCCUCGUGAAAUAGACUCUCGGCUACUGUAUGACCUCGACCGCCAAGAAAUCAUCGAGUUUGCGCGUGAAAACCCUGCAGUGAGAGCGCACCUAGAUUUACAGCAGCGGAAGGAUAAAUUGGAAGAGGUCAUGAAGCAGCUGAAUAGUUUGUCAACGCUUCGAGCAGAUCCUCAGUCAGCACCGCGUCGACAGCGUGGUUUGUUCGGAAGCAUGUUCUGAUGACUCUAACGUGGAUAUUUUAUUGCCUUAUACUUUGUUUUUGUUCGGUGUUCAUGUCUCCCACUCACUAAUUCACGAGCGGUACAUUUCAUCCUCGCUGACGGUAUGUACGGCGAGAUGGUAGAAAGCGGUAUACACUAUAGCUUAGCUUUGGCCUCCU